UCAGGAAGGCAGAGAACUGGAGACAAAAAAUCGACCCCACAAGAGGAAUAUAACAGCCUGUGACAGAUAGCUGCAAACACUACAUUUCACCUUUCUUUUUCCUCAAUUCAUAUUCAUAUGUUUAUCUUGCUUCCCGCUGGUUUCUCCAGUCACCAGAUCUCUCUGCGCCUCUGCCUGACAUUUGCAGAAAUGAGCUUUCUGGCUCAGAAUCAUAAACUCUUUCCAAGCAGCACGUCGGCCAGGCAGGCACUUCCGCUCUCACACACUGGCGACUCCAAACAACACCAAGGAGGCCUUCGCAGACGGCUCUCGUCCUUGUCCCUUAAGAUCCAGGCCACCUCUGCUGCAUCCUCCUGGUCAUUUCCCAGAUCCAGGUCCCUCUCAUCAAUGGGAGAUUAUGCUGGCACCUCUCUCAGGAAAUGGUGGGAUUGGGGUUCCGCUUGGUUCCUCUCCAGAAAACCAUUUUUUGCUAGGGAUCUCGAAAUGAACGAGCAGGAAACUAAGGUCCUUGGAUCCCACAACAGAGGCAGCUGGAGACAUAUUUUCUUUAAGGUCCGAUCUGAGAUUAGGAAGCUCCUUGGCUCUGAUCAAAUGGCUCUUCCUCAGACCUACAGGUCUGCCAAGAGUUUCGAUGCAAAUCAUUGCUGAAAUUUCAGCUGCUCCCAGUCUUUUGAAUGAUUAGAGUGUUUGGCUUCUUGGGAAUAAUAAAGAUUCCAGAUGAUGAAAUUAACUAGUUCCGCUUGGCUUUUGAAAUUCGUUUGUUCGUUAUUCAUGUCUCUUGCACUUUCUUUGAUUCGAUUCUUUAUUUUCACUGUUGGUGGUAACGAGUGUAAUUAGUACAUCAGUAUUCUUGUAUGUUGUAGGUUGCGCCAAAAUGCAUGGAUCUCUGCUCACUGCUGCUCAUAAUAUGAGUAUGCGACUUGCCGGGCAAUAAAUUUCUUGUUUAUGUCGGUGGAGAUUUUGUAUGUACUAUGGCAUUAUAGAUUAUUCGCAUCUCCGCUAGCGGAUGGAAAUUGUAUUUUAUCAACUAUUUCGAUUAAACACAAAGUGGAGUGAGCACUGCCUUUAUGUAUUA